AUCACAUCGAGGGCGGCGGGAGUUUGAAUGUAUCGUGGUGAGUUUAACAAUAUCACCUCUAACAGAGGUGGUGUAGAUCGCGUAAAUAUCAAUGCGCCGUUAAACCCGCCACCACCCGGCACAGCCAAUUAGUAACAGGGUUUGUCACGUAAACAGAACGUGCCAGAGCGUUGCUAAUUCAGCAAAGCGGUGGUGAGAUACAGCCACAACACAUCGACAAGGCAGCAGAGCCCUGAGUCAAUGGCAGAAACCUGAGAAUCCAAGCGCUGGGGUCGGAACUAAAACUGCGGAACGAAAACUGCGGCGAGCGCGGGGAGUUGCAGCCCGGAGCGGCCGAGUGGCGGACCGGAGCGGCCCGCCUCGUCGAGCGCGGGAAACAUUUUCAAGUCUCCAUGGUCUCCCAAGAAAGCCCAAAGCUUUCACUGCCAUCCACGUGUGACCUCUUUGCUUCUGAUACGCAGCUACCCUCCUGCAGUACCGAUGAAUCCGAGCGAUCUCAGCCCGGUGCCGCGUGCUCGUGGAAAGACAGCCUCGUCGUAGCGAGUCCACCCACCCCGAGCGACAACGGCGGAGCCCUUGGCUUCGACGGCGAUGGCAGAGCCACUGCCGGCAGAGCCGACGGCGAUGCCCAGGCCGAAGCCACCUUGAGAGCGAAGGUCGAACGCUUCUACCGGUCCAUGGCUGAGAACGGCAGGGAAGAGGUGCGAGAGCGUCGACGCCAGCAAGGCAGUCCGCAGGCACCCCAGCGUCCGCAGCAGCGUCGGACCGGGCAGCAGCUGGGGGAGCAGCUGCCGUGGCCUGCCAUGGAGGAAGGGCCGUACCCCGUCCACGCCUGCCCCUGGGCCGAAACGGCACCGGUGGAGGCCGCGCGGGUGCGUUCGGCGCUGCUGGGAGCUACGGUCGCCCUCGCCUCGACAGGAGAACGUCCGUACGCCCUGCGCUCCGUCGCCAUGGCGAGCCUCGUCCUGCGAGCGCACGGCUGUGGCGCCUUCACGACACCGGGGUCGCGCGAUCGCGCCGUGCCCGGCUUGGCAGGCCCCGUCGUAGACUGGGUGCUGGGGGUCUUGGCCUCGCGGAGGAGCGGGGAUGGGGAGUAGAGCGACGCGUCCCAUGGCACACGGGAUUAGGGACCGGGUGAGCACAAAAUGUCAAAAGUGAACUAUUUCUAUUUCACCAAGUGAGGCCCACUGAGCUAUAUGGCUUCUUUUUCAGACGCGACCUGGCCACAAAUGAUAGCUCAACGAAGUGGCUUAUCGCGUGGAAAUGUAUAGCAGCCAAAUACUCUAAAAGCAUGUUUCUAAA